AUGGGAUGGGUGUUGAACGCGUCCCCUCAAGUCGAGCAAAUAUCCGAAUAUCCAAAGAUUAUAGGAAUUACAGUGACUUUGACGGUACUCGCAUUGGCCAUUGUCACUGCUCGACUGUAUAUUCGAUGGAAAGCUCGAGGUAUGGCAGGUGAUGACUGGAUGUCUGCCUUGUCCAUGGUCUUCGCUUUGGUAUACUCCUGUAUCUGUAUCGCUCAGACACGAUAUGGCCUUGGCCUUCCGAUCCCCGACCGACCGAAAGAGAACCUCGUACCAUAUACACGAAUAAACUUUGCGGGUCGACCCUUCUACCAACUCGGUAUCAGUUUCUUCAAGAUUGCGCUGUUGAUCAGCUACCUCAGACUCUUACGUGGUACGGACCAGAAGACCUACAGGAAUGUCAUCUGGCUCAUGAUCGCCUUUGUGUUCAUGUCCCAUCUUGGCUGUACACUGGCACUGGUAUUUUCAUGCAGCCCAGUAAGUCUCCCUUACAGACACGACAGACUUGACGCUGAUCUUUUGCAGGUGGACAAGUCUUGGAACCCGCUCAAGGAAGGGCAGUGUCUUCCUCCAGGACCUUCCUUCACAGGGUACGCUGUUGUCACAAUCGUCUCCGACAUUGUGGUUGCUGUCUUGCCUAUUCCCGUACUGGUGAAGCUGGAAAUUAAACUGGCAAAAAAGAUUGGUCUUAUCGCCAUUUUCACACUGGGAAUCUUCACAACAGUUUGCUCAAUCCAGAGAUAUCGACAGAUUGACCGAAUCCAGAACCCGAAAGAUGGCAACUCAACUAUGCUGGUCCUUUGGGGUACUAUCGAGUUCAACGUUGGAAAUAUUGUGUCGUCUCUCCCGUUUCUCGCCCCAAUCUUCAUCAAAAGAGCUAGAGAAUACCGAUCCAAGCCAUCUAGUCACAAUACUCCGAACCGAAACAGAUUAGGGAGCAAUGGGUACAAGCUCAAGGACCUCGGCCAUACAGGGAAGAGGGAGCCAUCUGUCUUCACAUCGACCCGUAAUAGUUCCCAGGAAAACAUCUUGCAUGGUGGUAUUGUUAAGUCCGUUACAUACAGUGUCGAGGUAGAUAAGGCAAAGUCGGAUGGCCUGGAGUCAGAUAGCAAGCGUCUAUAG